UUUGGGGCAGGUCAGGCAGGCGGGCGGGCCUACAGUAUGAGGAGAGAAGAGGUGGAGGAUUACAUAAGUUCCUUUCAAACAACGAUCUUGUGAUUUCCAGGUACUUGUUGGUCUGAGUCAGUUGUUCAACGGCAGUAACCACCAACGAUGGGGAACCGAGUCGCCCGUGAAGACUACGAAUGGGUUUACACGGACCAGCCUCAUGCCGACAGAAGAAAAGAGAUUCUGGCCAAAUAUCCAGAAAUCAAGUCACUGAUGGGCCCUGACCCGAAGCUAAAAUGGAUUGUGUGCAUGAUGGUGGCAAUACAGUUUCUAGCUUUCUAUUUGGUCAAAGAUUUGGACUGGAAAUGGGUUUUGUUUUGGACUUACGCAUUUGGCAGCUGUAUCAACCACUCAAUGACCCUUGCUAUUCAUGAGAUUUCCCACAACACAGCCUUUGGAAACAAUAAAGCCAUGUGGAACCGCUAUUUUGCCAUGUUUGCCAACCUGCCCAUUGGCCUGCCCUACUCUGCCUCAUUCAAACGCUAUCACCUCGACCACCACCGUUACCUUGGUGGAGAUGGUGUUGAUGUUGACAUCCCCACUGAGUUUGAAGGAUGGUUCUUCUGCACACGCUUCCGCAAGUUCAUCUGGAUUAUUCUGCAGCCGCUGUUCUAUGCUGUCCGGCCCCUCUGCAUCAACCCCAAACCCAUCAGCCAGCUGGAGGUGACUAAUGUGACCUUCCAGCUUACCUUUGACGUCCUGCUCUACUGGGUGUGGGGGGCCAAGCCUGUGGUCUACAUGCUGGCUGGCUCUAUGCUGGGAAUGGGCUUGCAUCCCAUCUCCGGCCACUUCAUAGCUGAGCACUAUAUGUUCCUCAAGGGUCAUGAGACCUACUCUUACUACGGCUCCCUCAACCUGCUCACAUUCAACGUGGGCUACCACAACGAGCACCACGACUUUCCCAGCAUUCCAGGACGAAGGCUGCCCAUGGUGAAGAAAAUUGCAGCGGAGUAUUAUGAUGACCUGCCUCAGUACACAUCCUGGGUAAAGGUCUUGUAUGACUUCAUCAUGGACGAUGCAUUGAGCCCAUACUCUCGUAUCAAGAGGAGGCUGAAGGGCGAUGUCAAACAGGAGUAACUUCACUGGAACAAAGAUGCAGUAUCCACCAAGACAGCAGCCAAAGUCAUCAUUUUUAAAGCUUAACAGCUUCUGCAUAAUAUGUUCAACAUGUGGCAUCAGGGUGGAGAUUGUUGUGCAUGAAUUUGAAAAUGUUGCUGUUCCUGAACUGGCUUAUAAAAUGUUUUCAGUUACUUGUUGUCAGGACAGGUAAUGUUGAACUCAAAAAUAACUAUUUCAAAUUUGUUAGGGUCAUUACAGGCAAUAUAUUGGACUGGCUGCACAAAGAUUUUAGCUUUGCUCAAACAAUAUUGUUCAACUUACAGUGAGACAUUUAAUUUACUGUUCAUUGUGAAUGAAGGAAGAUUUAGUGGAUUACCAUGAAAUUUGGUACAACCAUUUAAGUUUCCUUCAGGAUGAAUCUUAAUCACUUUGGUGAUCCCCUGACUUUCAGUUUGUCACAUUUCAUUAUGUCCACACAUGGUUUGUGCUCAAGGCUUUCAAGCUGGUGUGCUAAUAUGCACUGAACAAUGAGUGCUCUUUAUGCGUCGUCUGUUUUCACCGUCCCUGAAAUUAAUGUCGGCACACUGAUCAGUAAUGACUAAAACAGCCAAGAAUACGAAACAACAUUCAAAUAUGGACAGAUGGCUGAAAGAUAUUAUGCUUCUACAAUGCCUCAGGUGUAGUUGCCUCACCUGUACUAGCCAUAGUAACAGGUGAAAAAGAUGGCAGUCAUGGUAAAUAUGUUAGUAUGCUGAUGUUACAUCUUGAUGCUGCCUCUAUACAGCAACACAGGCUGCUAGCAUUACAGUACACUCUAAAUUCUUGAUACACUGAUAAGAUAAACCACACAAAAGAGUAUUCUUUGUAAUCCAUCAGUGAUCGAUCUACUUUGCUCUCAACAUGUCACUGACUGUAGUUGUGUCAUUCUUCUUCUACCACUGUUACAUAUUUAGUGUCUUCCGCUUUAAGCUACUUAGCAGAGCUCAUCAGAAAACGUAGGCCUUCUUUAAAAAUUGAACAGCAACAAGGACGUUUUCCCAAAAAACUUCAUCACUUGGGGGUGGAACAACAGUUCACAGUGUCAGUGGACCCUAAAAACUGGUUUCCUUCUCAUUGCUCACUGCAUAACAGUGGUAAACCACUAAUAAAGUCAAUAAAUGCAAGAUUCAUUAUAGACCAGUCUAAGUCUUUGUGCAGCCAGCCCCAGAAAGGAUCAAGAGACACACCAAAACCAAAAAUAAGAAGGAGAGAGGGAAAAUGUGUAUUUGUUGAAGUGGACCAAAGUUGAACUGUUGAUCUUUCUGUAUGAUCUUGUUGGUUGCGUCUGUUGCAGGAUGCUGUCUUGUGAGUGAGAUCUGAGGGUUGUACUGUGAAGCAAGACUUGAGAGUUUGCAAUGUUGUGCCUAUAAUCAAAGUUUUGGUGUCAUGAAUGUGGGUGACUUAACCUCCUAGGUCACAAUGGCAACUAAUGCUGUGGCGCUAACCUGAUCCAGAGCAGGCUAUGUUCACAAAUUAGAUUUAAAUCAGCUGCAGAAGUGCGUCCUUUUUACCAGCUGUUUUCCCAAUGAUUCUCUAGAUGUUAUAUCUGGCAACAGGUUGAGAUGUAUGUUACAGAAACCACAGAAUGAAGCUGUAUAGUUACAGUAUCACACACUCUACCUACAUGAACUUGGUAGGUGAUACAGAAAACGCAUGAAUAUGUUUUUAUGAAAAUGUGCUUUGUUUGAUCCUGACUUGCUGAGGCCAGUUACACCGUUGGGACUGCAGCUAAUAGAACAGAGUUGAAAAUUGAUUAUUAAACUGAUAUUACAGAGAACGUUCAAUAAAUAACAUUAAUUUCACUUUGAUUUGGCCAAAAAUUAAAUGGAUUCUUAGACCUAAAUGCAUUUCAAAACAGCUUCAUGAGGUUAAAGGUUUUUGGAAAUAAGCAGCAGCAUCAAUUGGUAAAAAAUAUUAGCAUGCUAUUAACACUUUUGUACCAGCCUUUCCUCUUUCUCAUUUUCAGGAAGAGUGUUUUAGGUUGCUUUCCAUUUAAACAACCUGUAGACUGAAGUAGGCGGCAACCCAUCGGUCCAUUUUGCACACAAGAAAAGCUGCAAUUUGUUGUAUAUGCCUCUUUUAUAUGUGAGCACGCACAGAGUUUAAAGCAGAAAGCCUGAGUUAACAAAUAACCACCGUCUUGAUAGCUGUUAUCUCUGAAUGGAGUUUUAGUUUUUGCUGAGCGAGCUCACACACUGAAAGUUUGACAAACUUGCUCUGUGGUACACCUCUCAGAUCUGCUUGACAUCAUGUGUUUAUGGAAAGACUUGGUUAUCUUACAUGUUACACUUAACAUAUAAAACAUGUUACAUAUCAAACUUAAUAUUUUCUGAUCCAUGACACUUUUUCCCCCACAUUCUCUGCUUUUGAACAUGCAGCAUUUAGUGUAGAAUGUUUUUUACAACCUCAGACUGUUGAAGUUGAGCUUUCUGUUACUCACUCAUGUUACUUACCGUUUAUUUUCGGUUCCAUGAUUAUGAUCUUAAUUUAAGUUUUAUGAAUUUACUCACUUUGAAAAACUGUAUGUCCAAAACUGAACAAGUGAUUAAUGUUAAAACCUUGAA